AUGUCAAGUGAAAAAGCGAGAUCUCUUUCAACUGCCGAAGAUUUUGAAAAAUUAAGUGUGGAACAUGCUGAGCUUGUGGACGAAGAACCUCAAUCUCUUACUGCUGAACAUCAUGAUUUUCUCAUGAAAAGACAUGGUUCAAUACAGUUGCAUCCUUUACCAUCAACAGAUCCUUUAGACCCUCUUAACUGGCCCAAUUGGAAAAAAAAUUAUGAAAUAAUCUUGAUAGCAUUUCAUGCGUUUGGUUGUGCAUUUAUGCAAGCGGGAAUAUCUCCUGCUUAUGAAGCAAUGUCAGAAGAAUACGGUAAGUCUAUGACUGAAAUAUCAUAUUUAACUUCAGCACAAAUAUGUGUCGCUGGUAUAGCUCCAUUCCUUUGGGUUCCCAUAAUGAAUGCAUACGGUAGAAAUGUCUUUUUGGCCUUCUCAGCUUUAGCUUGUUGCGUUCUCAAUAUAGGUGGAGGAUUUUGUUCCACUUAUGGACAGCAAAUGGCUUGCAGAAUUUUGGUUUGCUUUUUUGCCUCGACAGGAGCUGCAGCAGGCAGUUCUGUCGUAGCUGAUUUAGCCUUUAGCCAUGAACGAGGUAAAAAAAAUGGGUGGUGGUCUCUUGCACUUAUUAUGGGCACACCUGGUGGCCCUUUCUUCAUGGGAUUCGUCCAAUACCAUGUGGGUACUAUGUGGAUAUAUUUUACAUUUGCAAUCAUGAAUUUCAUUCAAUUUAUACUUUGGUUAUUAGCAGACGAAACUGUUUAUAUCAGGAAUCAUAAUAACCAUGCUAUACAGCCUAGUGCAAAGGGAAUAAUGAAGUGGUUUGGAUUUUAUAGCCGUACCCAAACCUUUACAUUGGACAAUACUUUUUAG